AUGUCACUUCAUGUGGAAUCUUCUGGACUUUUGGGAACUCAUGUGACUUGGGAAGAUAUUGAGGAUGAAGUUAGGCUAAGUUUGGCUACUGAAGCCAGAUUUGGUGAAAAUAAGACAGUGACUAAUAUUAGUGAUAUGAAGGUGGGUGUAAACGCGGAGUGUUGUAGUUUUUACUGAUUUUAUAUCAAAAUUUGUAGAAAAAACCAAAGCAUGCGAUUUUUCUUAUCAAACAUUUAAAAAAUCAGAAAAAUUCAAAAAAUAAAUAUUUUUGUAAAGCUCCAAGAUGAGCUAACUCAAAAUUCCCCAAUUUUCAGAGUUUCAUUGAAAUUUGGUUCAUUUUCAGACCCCAAUUUCAGAUCUUCAAAAAUCCCAGAAAAUUUCAGCAAAACAUAGAUUUUGUAGAGAAUUUCAAGGGCUUUAAGAUAGACUAACUAGAUUUUCUGAAAAUCUGGAAUUUGGCUGAAAAUCAGGCCGAAAUUAGGAAGCUCAAAAUUUCAAAACUUCCUCAUUUUCAGACCCCAAUUUCAGAUGUUCAAAAAUCCCAGAAUUUUUCAGCAAAACAUGGAUUUUGUAGGGAAUUUCAAGGGUUCCAAGUUGCGCUAACUCAAAAUUCCCCAAUUUUCAGGGUUUCAUGUCUCGAAUCGCAUUAAUCGAACCCGAUUGGACUCAAGAUUCCGAAAUUCUCCCCAAAAAAUUCGUGGUGAAAAUCAGUUCUCAACUAGCUUUGGUAGCCAUGUCAAAAAUGAUGAAAUUCGGUGGCGAAGAUGGAAUGGAAGAGGAAAAAAUGGCGAAUUUCGACAAAAUUGUCAAACUUUUGCACAAUCGAGAAGUUGAGACCUAUAAACUUCUACAGCGAUUAGAAGUUCAGGAUUUCCGGAUUCCAUUCACAAAGAUCUAUGCGAUGAAGAAGUUCAGUGAUGAGAAUCCACUGAAAGCUUAUAUCAUUUCGGAAUUUAUUGAAGAUCUAUCGCAUGUUUCGAUCUACGAGAACAUUGAGAUCGAAGAUCUCCUUCCGAUUGUUCGAAGUGUCGCCGCAUUUUCAGCAAUUGGUGAGAACAUCUCAAGAGAUCAGCUGGAUUUUGCGGGUGGUGCUGAUUUGUUGGCACAGAUUCUGGCCGAGUUUUGUGAUGAGAAACUUCAGGAGCAGAGUUUUGCCACGAUUCGUGCGGGAUUUCCGGAAGAAUAUCGGGAAAAAGUUGAGGAAAUGUUGGAUGUUUAUCGGAUUUAUAUGAAUAAGAAGACGAUUGCGAAGUAUGAGAAAGUUGUGGAGAUUAUUGGUGAGUGUUUUGUGAAAUUCUGGAAAUUUCAGAAAUUUUCCUUGAAAUUCUCUAAAAAAUCCAGGUUUUCUGGGAAAAUUCUGGGAAAUCUGAAAAUUUCAGAAAUUUCAAAUUUUUUCAUUUUGUAGCCCUUGAAAUUCUCUAAAAAAUCCAGGUUUUCUGGGAAAAUUUGAAAAUUUCAGAAAUUUUGAUUUUUUUCAUUUUGUAGCCCUUGAAAUUCUCUACAAAAUCCAGGUUUUCUGGGAAAAUUUGAAAAUUUGAAAAUUUCAGAAAUUUUAAAUUUUUUCAUUUUGUAGCACUUGAAAUUCUCUUUUUCUGGAAAAUUCUGAAAUUUUUGAAAAGGCUUAAAAUCUGGCUCAAAAAUUAGUUUGAAAAUUUCAAGCCUUGAAAUUUCAGGCCUUCUAAAAAUUUAGGCUUCACCAAAAAUUAGCCUAAAUCUGGAAAAUUAGAAAAAACGGGCCUUAAAGCUUUAAGGCCUAAUUAAAAAAUUUUAGGGCUCAGGUUUCCUUAAACUAGACUCUAGUCAUUUUAAACUAAACUAGAAUCUAGUCAGCCUUAACUAAACUAGACUCUAGUCACUCUUAACUAAACUAGAAUCUAGCCAUCCUUAACUAGGCUCUAGUCACCUUAAACUAAUCUAAAAUCUUGUCAACCUUAACGAAACUCUAGUCAGCCUAAACUAGACUCUAGUCUCAAUGAACUAAACUAGAAUCUAGUCAGCCUUAACUAGACUCUAGCCAUCCUUAACUAGACUCUAUCAGACCAGCCUUUUUCAGCCCAAUUUUUUUCCAGGCCACCCCCCGGUCCUAACCCACGGCGAUCUCUGGUCCUCAAACCUUCUCUGCACCCGAACCUCUGAACAUCGUCUGAAAUUCCGUGCAAUUAUCGAUUGGCAAACGGUCUCCAUAGGCUCACCGGGUCAAGACGUCGGCCGAUUAUUCGUCUCAACUUUGAGCACAAAAAAUCGUCGUGAGCAACUCGAUUUCUUGCUCGAAACGUAUUAUUUGGAAUUUGUGCGAAAUUUGGAAAAUCCCACCAAAAUACCGUACACCCUGGAGCAAUUGAAGAAGAAUUAUCAAUUGCUGUUUCCGGUGAUGACUACAAUGGUCCUGCCGGGAAUUAUUCCGUUUUUGGAGUUGGCUUGUGGGAUUCCGGAAGAGCAGAGAGCUGAGGUGAGCAAAAUUUGAUCUCUGGGAAUUUUGGGCGCGAAAAUUUGGAGCAUUUUGAUAUAGAAUAAGGUUAUUUUGGGGAUUUUGGGCGCGAAAAUUUGAUCUACAGUAAUCUGGGAGUUUUUCGCUUCAAAAUUUGGAGCAUUUUGAUAUAGAAUAAGGUUAUUUUGGGAAUUUUGGGCGCGAAAAUUUGAUCUACAGUACUCUGGGAAUUUUUCGCUUCAAAAUUUGGAGCAUUUUGAUAUUUUCUGGUAGCUACAGUAAUCCUUGAUCCUACAGUACUCUGGGAGUUUUUCUGGUAGCUACAGUAAUCCUUGAUCCUACAGUAAUCUGGGAAUUUUUCUGGCAGCUACAGUAAUCCUUGAUCCUACAGUACUCUGGGAGUUUUUCUGGUAGCUACAGUAAUCCUUGAUCCUACAGUACUCUGGGAAUUUUUUUCUUCAAAAUUUGGAGCACUUUGAUAUAGAAUAAGCUUAUUUUGGAAUUUCGGCAGCUACAGUAAUCCUUGAUCCUACAGUAACCCAAAAAAAUCCACGUGGAAUUUUUUUAGGCAAAAUUAUGAUCUACAGUAUUCGCAAGGCGCUGACUACAGUAACCUAGAAUUUUCCCAAAAACUACAGUACCCCGCUCCGAAAUUUUUUCGCGCCAAAACCUACCGUAGUCUGUAGUGUUUUUCUCUCAGAUUCGAAAAUCCGCUCUGGACAAAAUGAUCGGAAUGAUGGAAGAUGUGAUAACUACACACGCCCAAAAUUUGAUCGAUUUUCCCGAAUUUUUCCGGGAUUUGCUAUGA